AUGGGGAGCAUCGCCCAGGACGGGCGACGGCGGUGGCUGGUGCAUCAGGACAAGGCAAGGUACAAGCCGAACCUCCUGCUCCCUAACCCCCAGCAUGACGCUGGGCUCUUCCAGCCCCCGGCAGGGGUCACGCCACCCAGCCUGAGCCCCACUCUCUCCUUCCUCGCAGGCUUUCGGGAGAGCGCCUUUGCCUACGCCAUUGCGGCUGCCGGCGUGGUGCACGCCGUCUCCAACGCCUGUGCCCUCGGCAAGCUGCAGGCCUGCGGCUGUGACCAGAAGCGCCGGGGCGAUGAGGAGGCUUUUCGGCGCAAGCUGCAUCGUCUCCAGCUGGAGGCCAUGAACCGCGGCAAAGGGAUGGUGCACGGGGUGCACAUGGAGCACAUGCCGGCCGAGACCCCCGGCCUCCAGGACUCCUGGGAAUGGGGGGGGUGCAGCCCCGAUGUGGACUAUGGGGAGAAGUUUUCCAAGGAUUUCCUUGAUUCCCGGGAAACCUACAGGGACAUCCACUCUCGCAUGAGGCUGCACAACAACCGUGUGGGCCGGCAGGUGGUGAUGGACAACAUGAGGAGGAAAUGCAAAUGCCACGGCACCUCAGGGAGCUGCCAGCUGAAGACGUGCUGGCAGGUGACACCCGAAUUUCGCCUGGUGGGGUCCCUGCUCAAGGACCGUUUCUAUGGGGCCACCCUCAUCCGGCCCCACAACCGCAAUGCCGGGCAACUAGAGCCAGGC